GAAUCUGUCGGCCCGGACGAGCUAGCGCAGUCCUAUAUUUCACGUAGUGAUUUUUUGUCGCUUCUUCUUCUCAGGUUGCUCUUGCUCUUGCUCUUGCUCUUGAUUCUCACACUAGAGCUCAAGAAUCUCUAUCUGCAAUAGCAGGCAGUAUAGCUUCUUGUCAUGAGGUUUAUAUUUGCGUAAUCUGAUCGAGAUAGCGCGCAAGCACGCCGCUCGCUUUCAACUGUUUGACUCAUCCGUUCCGUGUUACAAGUCGCCGAUAUGGUCCUCUCCAAGGAAAAUGCCUCCAUUGGCAUUAUUGGGAUGGGCGACAUGGGCAAGAUGUAUGCUCAGAGGCUUAGUCAAGCUGGUUGGAGGUAAUUAUCCGUAGCUUUUGUGGUUUUCGCUUCUGUGUGGCCAUGUGCUGUAUCUGCCAAUUCAGGAUAAAUGCUUGUGACAAGCCGGAUAACUACAACUCACUCAAAGAGGAAUUUGCAUUAGACCAAGGUAUUACUAUAUUACCGAAUGGACAUUUGGUCUCGCGAGUCAGCGACUACAUUAUUUACAGCGUAGAGGCGGCAUAUAUCGAUCGAAUAGUUGCUGAAUAUGGCCCUUCUACCAAAGUCGGCGCAAUCGUCGGCGGUCAGACCUCCUGCAAGUCCCCGGAACUUGAGGCUUUUGAUAAGCAUCUGCCUCCGGAUGUAGAGAUUAUUUCGUGCCAUUCGUUACACGGGCCGAAAGUGAACCCAAAGGGUCAACCAUUGGUCCUGAUUCAGCACCGAGCCUCUGACGCGAGCAUGCGCUUCGUUGAGGAUGUGUUUUCCUCUUUCGAGUCCAAGUAUGUUCACAUCAGUGGCGAAGUGCAUGAUCGUAUCACGGCGGAUACCCAGGCGGUGACACACGCCGCUUUCUUGAGUAUGGGCACUGCGUGGUACUCUAACAACCAAUUUCCAUGGGAAAUUGCGCGAUGGCUGGGUGGUAUCGAGAACGUUAAGAUUAAUAUCACCCUACGUAUCUAUGCGAACAAGUGGCAUGUUUACGCUGGGCUUGCCAUUCUCAAUCCUGCCGCCAAAAAGCAGAUUCGGCAGUAUGCGGAGUCGGUCACGGAGUUGUAUAAGUUGAUGCUGGAAGGUCGACGAGAGGAGUUGAAGAACAGAGUCAAGACAGCCGGCCAGGCUGUCUUCAAGUCAGAUACUAAACAACAAGACCUUCUUCUGAGAGAUGAAGUGCUUGACCGUUUCUCAUUGUCGCAGGGCUCUCGAGAAGAAGCCCCCCCAAACAACCAUCUCAGUCUGUUGGCCAUAGUAGACUGUUGGUCUAAACUCGGCAUUGUGCCAUACGAUCACAUGAUCUGCUCAACCCCACUCUUCCGUCUUUGGUUAGGUGUGACAGAAUACCUCUUUCGCAACCCCGAACUUCUCGACGAAGUACUGGAUAUAGCCAUCGAUGACCACACAUUCCGCUCAGAUGACCUCGAGUUCACGUUUGCGGCAAGAGCUUGGUCGGAUUGUGUGUCUUUCGGCGAUUUUGAAUCCUACCGCGACCGGUUUGAGCGCAUCCAGAAUUAUUUCUCGCCACGGUUCCCGGAUGCCGUCAAACUUGGUAAUGAAAUGAUGAAAACGAUAUUGGAAAAGACGAGUAACGAGCCGAGUGGAUGAAUGUGGAACCUCCAGAAAGCUAGCUCUAAGCUGUGAUAGGAUCAAGCUAUCGUGAGAUCAUUAAUUAUCAAGAGAACGAAAGAUCACCAGGCUAUUCAGGCUGAGGCGAUCGCAAUUUGUUACGACACCAGACUAAAACAGAAGAAUCCAUCCUUUAGUCAUUCUAGGCUGGUAAAGCGUUCCACGGCAUCAAUGAAUGGCGAAUAGAUAAUAGACU